AUGGAAGUUGCCAUUAAAAUGGAAUUAGCAUCCACAAAGCACCCUUAAUUAUUUUUUGAAGUAAAAUUAUACUAAUACCUAUAAAGCGAUAAUACAAUAAUUGAUAAAGGAAUUCCUAUAGUAUAUUAUGCUGCUACUGAGGGAGAUUAUAAUGUCAUGGUAAUGGAUUUAUUAGGUCCUUCUUUAGAGAAAUUAUUUGAUAUCUGCAAUAGGAAAUUUUCAGUUAAGACAGUUUUAAUGAUUGCAGAUUAAGUCAUUUAGAGAGUCUCAUAUAUACAUAGUAAACAUUUUUUACAUAGAGAUAUUAAACCUGAUAAUUUCUUGAUUGGAACUGGAAAAACUGCCCAUAAAAUUUUUAUUGUGGACUUCGGAUUAGCCAAAAGAUAUAUUAAAAAAGAUGGAAAACAUAUCGAAUAUAAAGAAGGAAAGUCGUUAACUGGGACUGCUAGAUAUGCUUCUAUUAAUACUCAUUUGGGAGUCGAAUAAGGUAGAAGGGAUGAUUUAGAGAGUAUUGGGUAUAUGUUUAUGUAUUUCUUAAAAGGUGUUUUACCUUGGUAAAACUAAAAAACUAAUAAUAAAAAAGAUAAAUACGAAAAAAUAAUGGAAAAGAAAUUAUAAACUCCAGUAGAAGUACUUUGUAAAGGAUUUCCAUAAGAAUUUGGGACUUAUUUAAGUUAUACUAAGAAUUUGAGAUUUGAUGAAAAACCAGACUAUGAGUAUUUAAGAAAACUGUUUAAAGAUUUAUUUAAGAAUUUAGGAUAUGAAUUAGACUAUAUUUAUGAUUGGAAUAUGAUUGUGGAUGAAAAAAAAGGGUAGAAAUGA